AUGAGCAUAAAUUCUUGGAGGAAGAGGACUGGUGACAUGUUUCCGGGUAGGAUACUGCAUUAUUAUUCCCAAAUGGGCCCAAGUCCCUUUGUUAAUGGGGUUCUCCAUUGGAUGGCAUGUAGAGGCAGGGAGAUGGAAGAAUUGGUGAUUAUGUCGUUCCAAUUGGCGGAUGAGAUAUUUGGGGAAAUUAUCGUGCCUUCUUUCGAUGGACAUUGCACUGCCAUUUUGGCGUUCCAACACUCGAUUGCCUUAGUUGUCCAGGAUCCAGCUACAACAAAAUGGGACAUAUGGGUUAUGAAGGAAGAUGGUGCUGUGAACUCUUGGGCUAAACAGCAUAGUUUAAGGAACGCAAUUGGAUUUCCUUCUGGAUCCAUGAAGAAUGGUGAAAUUCCUAUUGAAAGACGAACAGGCAAUUUGGUUUCCUAUGACCCUAAAACCCAAUUUCAUAGGGACCUUAAAUUGCCAUGA